GAGGGAACUUCGUCGGUGUUGAAGUCAAAAGCUCUCUCUCCCGUCUCCAACCCUCCGAGAACCCUAAACACAGCACCAGUUCAGAUGAAUGUAGUGCCUGUUCUGGCUUCAUUGACGGUCUCGGCGCUCUAAGAGCCUCGGGAUUUGUCGGAUGGAGUUCUGGGCGUCGGCUCGGGCCACCGCGGGCGUCUAGUGCUGGGUUCUUGGACGAAUGCCUGGGAGCCGCAGGAGAGGAAGAACUGUUGACCUCCAACACUUGGAAUUCCCAUUCAUUUUCUGUUUUCCUGUUCCAAGAGACUAGCCAUGGAUUACCUCAAUUGCAGAUACUUCUCAGUUCCUUUCCUCUUCCUUCUACUGUGCUUUCCCUCUUCAGCCACUGGUGACUUAAGAUCUGAUAAGCAACUUCUCCUUGCUUUUGUGGAUGCAGUCCACCAUCCCCGUAAACUUAACUGGAACACCAACACCUCAAUCUGCUCUUCUUGGAUUGGGGUGACAUGUACAGCAGACCAAACUCAUGUCCUUGCUCUCAGGCUACCAGGGGCUGGGCUCUCUGGCCCAAUCCCUGCAAAUACACUCGGCAAGCUUGAUGCCCUCGAAGUCUUGAGCCUCCGAUCCAACCAUCUGACCGGAAAUCUCCCAGCUGAUAUCAUCUCACUUCCUUCCCUGCAGAAUCUUAACCUUCAACACAAUAAUUUAUCUGGAGAUAUACCAGCCUCACUUUCUCUGGGCCUCACGUCCCUUGACCUCUCUUAUAACUCCUUUACAGGAGAAAUUCCCCUGGGAAUUCAAAACCUGUCUCAACUUUCUGUAUUGAAUUUACAAAACAACUCUCUGUCUGGACCCAUCCCCGACCUUAAACUCCUCAGGCUAAAACAUUUAAAUAUGAGCUACAACCAUCUAAAUGGUUCCAUACCAUUUUCCCUCCAAAAGUUUUCAAAUGAUUCAUUCCUGGGAAACCCUCAAUUGUGUGGCCCACCUCUACCUCAAUGCUCUGCAGUUCUUCCUUCGCCUUCACCAUUUUCUCCUUCCUUGUCACUCCCACCGGCACCCUCCGAAAAUCAUAAAAAAAACUCCGGGAAAAAUGCUAGUGCUGGGUUUAUAAUUGCAAUUGUUGUUGGGGGAUUGGCCUUGCUGCUGCUUCUUUUAAUGGUUCUAUUUAUAUGCAUUAUAAGGAGGAAAGGUGGAGAAGGUACUGGAGGAUUGAAGAAGAAGGGCUCCACUGUUGAAAAGCCUAAAGAGGAGUACAGUAGUGGAGUUCAAAUGGCUGAGAAGAAUAAGUUGGUUUUCUUUGAAGGCUGUGCUUAUAACUUUGACUUGGAAGAUCUGCUGAGGGCUUCUGCUGAAGUCCUUGGGAAGGGGAGCUAUGGGACGGCUUAUAAGGCUGUUCUUGAGGAUGGCACUGCAGUGGUGGUGAAGAGGUUGAAGGAAGUAGUGGUGGGGAAGAGAGAAUUUGAACAACAGAUGGAGAUCAUUGGAAGGGUCGGGCAACACCCAAAACUUGUUCCACUUCGUGCUUAUUUCUACUCCAAAGAUGAAAAGCUCCUAGUCUAUGAUUAUGUUCCCACUGGCAGCUUCUCUACCCUCUUGCAUGGAAACAGGGGCAGUGAAAGGACACCACUGGACUGGGACUCCAGAGUAAAAGUGAUACUUGGAACAGCACAUGGCAUAGCACACAUUCAUUCUGAAGGUGGUCCAAAGUUUGUGCAUGGCAACAUCAAAUCCUCCAACAUCCUUCUCGGUCAAGACCUUAAUCCAUUGGUCUCUGAUUAUGGCCUCUCUCCUCUUAUGAAUCCUCCUGCCACCCUCUCCCAGCUCAUGGUGGGUUAUCGGGCACCUGAAACCAUGGAGACCCGAAAGAUCACUCAGAAAUCUGAUGUCUACAGCUUCGGGGUCGUCCUCCUUGAGAUGCUUACUGGGAAAGCUCCACUUCAAUCCCAGGGGCAUGAUGAUGUUGCUGACCUACCAAGAUGGGUCCAAUCUGUGGUCCGAGAGGAGUGGACUGCUGAAGUUUUUGAUGUGGAGCUGAUGAUGGAUCACAACAAUGAGGAAGAGCUGGUUCGGAUGCUCCAGAUUGCGAUGAGUUGCGUCGCGAGAACUCCAGAACAACGGCCAAGAAUGGAGGACGUGGUUAGGAUGAUUGAGGAGAUCCGGAAGUCUGGUUCAUCCUUGGAGAGCAAACCCAAGGAUUCCACCGCGCAAACAUUGUGAGGGGUCAGAGAGACGCAUGGCAUUACUUCUGGAUAUCAUUUUCGGGCAAUUGAUUUGAGUUGGUUAGGGACUUUAGUUUGUGUAAAGAUGCUUGAGUUCAUGCAUGGUGGUCUUUGCGCAAAUGAGUGCCCCGGGCCUGUACCAUGUUUCAUGUUUGGUAAUUGUGUGAAACUCUGACACUAAUUCUUACAUAAUUUAAUUGGUAUGUUUUAUUUUCUCGUA